UAUUUGAAAUGUGGCAUUCAUAUGUAGUUCUUGUCUUUGUCUUAUGUGUACAAUACAAAAAGAAAGCCUAGCUGGUGUUGUAAGUUAUUUUCGUUUAAACACUUUUUUAGCACAUUGACAUACGACAAACAGAGUGGUUCAAUUAUCUUGAAAGGAGAAGGAAGAAAAGAAAAGUCCUAAAAUAAAAUCCCAAAAGUGGAGGUUGCAUCUGACCUGAGAUGUUAAAAGAUACGUCAAUUACGGAAAUAUGAUCGAUUUGUCUUUACAAGCCUGAUGUAGAUUGGUAGAAUGGCAGAAUGUAUCAGUAGAAAUUCAGAUCUUCCUAAACAAGACUGUACAAGCCCUAGUCCGACAGAAACCGUCUGUUUGGAAUCUCUAUGUGCUGAAAACCAUCCAAGUACUUCGCAAAGCAAUAUUGAACAACCUUUAAUUCCCCAAAACGACAAUUACAAUAUCGAAGAAGUGGAAAAGUUAGAAAAAAGUAAUUUUUUAAAUGAACUCGGGUUGGUACAAGAAUGCGACGAUGAAGAAGAUGAGAUAGACGUGGUUUUGAAAUUAGAGAUAGAUGUUGAUGAUAACGAGGAAGAUGAUACCAACAGUAGAGAUGAUAAAUGGGAAGAUUGUUUAGAUGAAGAAUUUCCUGAUGAAGUCAACACAGAAAACUCAGAAGAAGUAAGCAGUAGUGACGAAAUAAAUAGUUUCAGCGGCAGCCAUUCCAAUACUCCAAGAAGUUCACAAUUAAAGAGAAGUAAUUCUAGUUCAGUAGAACGUAUUCUGCGUAAACGCAAAUUAGACAUCAAUAAUGGAUUGCCCAUGUUGCCUUGUAAAAAGAUCCCCCCAGACUCACCGCCAUUGCACAACAAUGGUGGUUGUCUUCUCUCACCUACAAGUUCCGCUUCUCAGACUUACUCCGGGAGUAAUACACCGUCUAGUGGUAGAUCGAGGGCCAUCAUACCGACGAAAGAGAACCCGCCACCGGAUCUGUCCAACUGGUUGAUCCGAUUCACCACCUGGUCAAAUGCAGAAAGGAUCAUGGCCAUAAACGAGUUGAUCGCCAGUUGCGAACCAACCCAAGUCAGGCAUAUGAUGCAGAUAAUCGAGCCACAAUUCCAAAGGGAUUUUAUUUCAUUGUUACCAAAAGAAUUAGCUUUAAAUGUUUUGUCAUUCCUAGAACCAAAAGACCUUGUGCGAGCAGCACAGACUUGUCGAAGUUGGCGUGUAUUAGCCGAUGAUAAUCUGUUAUGGAAAGAAAAGUGCAAACAGGCGGGCAUCGACGAAAUACCGAAAAAGAGGAUGUCGUCUAGAUCGCCGAACAGCUGCCAUAUGUCUCCGUGGAAGGCUACAUACAUGCGCCAGCAUGCCAUAGAAAUGAACUGGAGGUCAGCUCCAAUUAGGCCACCAAAGGUAUUAAAAGGUCACGACGACCAUGUGAUAACAUGUCUUCAGUUCAGCGGUAAUAGAAUUGUUAGUGGAUCUGAUGAUAACACCCUUAAAGUAUGGUCUGCCACUACGGGAAAAUGUCUGAGAACACUUGUUGGACACACAGGUGGUGUGUGGUCCUCUCAGAUGUCAGGAAGUACAAUAAUAAGUGGAAGUACUGAUAGGACCUUAAAAGUAUGGGAUGCUGAUACCGGCGUUUGUAUACAUACUUUAUACGGACAUACCUCAACCGUUAGAUGUAUGCAUCUUCAUGGCAAAAAGGUUGUAAGCGGUUCCAGAGAUGCUACUUUAAGAGUUUGGGAUAUUGAAACUGGAAAUUUCCUUUACGUAUUAGUAGGUCACGUCGCAGCUGUUAGGUGUGUUCAAUAUGACGGUAGAUUAGUCGUAUCUGGCGCAUAUGAUUUUAUGGUGAAAGUUUGGAAUCCUGAAACGCAAGAGUGCCUCCAUACUUUAGAAGGACAUACCAAUAGAGUAUAUUCUUUACAGUUUGAUGGCGUUCAUGUAGUAAGUGGUUCCUUGGACACGAGUAUUAGAGUUUGGGAAGUGGAAACGGGAGCGUGUAAACAUAUUUUAAAGGGCCAUCAGUCUUUAACUUCUGGAAUGGAGUUAAGAAAUAAUAUAUUGGUUUCUGGUAAUGCGGAUUCUACUGUUAAAGUGUGGGAUAUCGUGACUGGACAGUGCCUACAAACAUUAUCAGGACCAUAUAAACACCAAUCAGCCGUAACUUGCCUGCAAUUCAACAAACGUUUUGUGAUAACCUCAUCGGACGACGGAACCGUCAAGCUUUGGGACGUGCGCACUGGCGAAUUCAUCCGAAACUUGGUCGCUUUAGACAGCGGAGGAGCCGGAGGAGUCGUUUGGCGUAUCCGAGCCAACGACACGAAGUUAGUGUGCGCCGUAGGGAGCCGGAACGGGACUGAAGAGACGAAACUAUUAGUGCUGAACUUUGAUAUUGAGAUGUUGAGUGAUGGUACGAUCAUGUCGGCUAGUAAUUGCCAUAACCACUGACUCAACUACCAGUCUACAAGAAGUUAUUUGUCGGCAGAAAUUCAACCUGAUACAGAGAGAACAAAAGGAAUGCUAGAAACAGCAGAAAUGAAAACCCUUGGAAAAAUGGAUGGUAAGGCACUAUGGGAGAGCUAGAAGUACAGAUAUACGACGGAGUGCAAAGUGAACAAUAUUAAUAACGGGGUAAAAAACAGAAGAGUAGAAUUAAACGACCAAAUAAGCCGAACGACAGCAAAUAGAGUAGUAAGGAUUGCAAGAGACGGUUCCCCAAUAGGAAUACGGUCAGUGGGACGACCACGAGAACGAUGUGACGCUAACUUACUGGAGGCACAUGAAAAAACAGACCGAGUCAUGUCUACACAAAAAGAAGAUAUACUUAAAAUAAUCAUAAAUGAGUGCAAUAAUUUUAUGAAUUAAAUAGUGGAAAUGCGUUGGUUAAACAGAUAGACAUUUCCUAUAUCAACGAAAUUCUUCAAGAGCUAUUUAUCUCUAUGGCAUCUUGGUAUGUUAAUCUUUAAUAGUAACAAUUCUACAUAAAUAAGGAAAAUAAAAUCUUCAUGAAGUUGUA